UCGGAUGACGAAGGAAGUUCAGAGGUCGCAACCGUCGCACGGAUGGAAAGCCGGAAAUGAUGGCUGCCGCGGUAAACAUGGCGCCCGGGCUGCGUCUGCAGGAGGAUUUACUGCGGGACUCAGAGUGACUGCGCGCGGCUGCAGGAGUCGCGGAGGAGCCGCUGAUUUCCAGACUUUCUCCUGCGGUCAAAACGCGCUGAAGCUGAGGAUGGUGUCUCCCCGUGGUGUGUGUUUCCUCCUCUUCCUCCUGCUGGGCAGUGUGUUUGGCAGUGUGUUCAUGCUGGGUCCGCUGCUGCCGCUGAUGCUGCUGUCUCCGUCACGCUACCGCUGGAUCACCGACCGCAUCGUGGCCACCUGGCUGACCUUACCUGUGGCGCUGCUGGAGCUGGUGUUGGGGGUGAAGGUGGUCAUCACGGGCGACGGGUUCGUCCCGGGCGAGCGCAGCGUCAUCAUUAUGAACCACCGCACACGCCUGGACUGGAUGUUCCUGUGGUGCUGCUUACUGCGCUACAGCUACCUGCGGCAGGAGAAGAUCUGCCUGAAGGCGGCGCUCAAGAGUGUCCCGGGCUUCGGCUGGGCGAUGCAGGUUGCCUCCUUCAUCUUCAUCCAGCGGCGUUGGGAGGACGACCGCACACACAUGAGCAACAUGCUGCAGUAUUUCUGCCGCAUCAGAGAGCCGGUGCAGCUGCUGCUGUUCCCUGAGGGCACCGACCUCACCGAGAACACUCGCGCCAGGAGUGACGAGUUUGCGGAAAAGAACGGCCUUCAGAAGUACGAGUAUGUGCUGCACCCGCGCACCACCGGCUUCACCUUCAUCGUGGAUACGCUGCGCGGAGGGGAUAAUCUGGAUGCGGUUCAUGACAUCACAGUGGCGUAUCCUCAGAAUAUCCCGCAGACGGAGCGGCACCUGCUGGCGGGUGUGUUCCCGCGCGAGAUACACUUCCACGUGCAGCGGUUCACGGCGGCGUCUGUGCCCGCGGGCACCGCCGGUCUGCAGGCGUGGUGCCAGGAGCGCUGGCGGGAGAAGGAGCGACGGCUGCAGCACUUCUAUGAGACGGUCCCGCGCCGCUUCGAUGCGCCCGCAGGGGGUGUGUGUGUGCGUACGCCGCGCUGUCAGAGCGGGCAGUGUGUGUGUGUGCCGCGCUGUAAGAGCGAGGGCCGUGUGCGCAUCAUCCUGGUGGCGUCGCUGCUCUACUGGAGCGUCUUCAUCACCGCAGCCUGCGCCAGCCUCUACCUCUGCCCCCCCGCACAAUUCUACUUCCUGUUCAUGGUCGUCUUCUUCCUGUGUCAGCAGCGGUUCACCGGCGGCCUGGAGCUGAUGGAGCUGGCCUGCCACCGCUACUGGAGCCGCCGCAGUGCAGAGAAGCAGGAGUGAAGAGUGUGUGUGUGUGUGUGUGUGUGUGUGUGUGUGUGUGUGUGUGUAAGGGAGUUUGCAAGCAUGUGUGUGUGACAGUGUGUGAGUUAUUGAGUGUGUGUAUAACUGAUGCAUGUGUGUGUGUGUGUGUGUGUGUAAAUGAUGAAUAAGUGAGUGUUAGUAAUGUGUGUGUGUGUGUGUGUGUGUGUGUGUGUGUGUGUGUGUGUGUGUGUGUGUGUGUGUGUUUGUGUAAAUGAUGAAUAAGUGAGAGUGUUAGUAAUGUGUGUGUGUGUGUGUGUGUGUGUGUGUGUGUGUGUGUGUGUAAAUGAUGAAUAAGUGAGAGUGUUAGUAAUGUGUGUGUGUGUGUGUGUGUGUGUGUGUAAAUGAUGAAUAAGUGAGAGUGUUAGUAAUGUGUGUGUGUGUGUGUGUGUGUGUGUGUGUGACAGUGUGUGAGUUAUUGAGUGUGUGUAUAACUGAUGCAUGUGUGUGUGUGUGUGUGUGUGUGUGUAAAUGAUGAAUAAGUGAGAGUGUUAGUAAUGUGUGUGUGUGUGUGUGUGUGUGUGUGUGUGUGUGUGUGUAAAUGAUGAAUAAGUGAGAGUGUUAGUAAUGUGUGUGUGUGUGUGUGUGUGUGUGUGUGUGUGUGUGUGUGUGUAAAUGAUGAAUAAGUGAGAGUGUUAGUAAUGUGUGUGUGUGUGUGUGUGUGUGUGUGUGUGUGUGUGUAAAUGAUGAAUAAGUGAGAGUGUUAGUAAUGUGUGUGUGUGUGUGUGUGUGUGUGUAGAGCUGCAGCUCCUCCUGCUGGCUGAGAGGCUGAAGUGCAGCACAACAGACACUCAUAUGAACAGAACAGCAGCUCUUCAUCCUCGCGGUGACCUUUGACCCUCAGCUGUAGAGGAUAUCGGAGGACACUGAUGUGACACACACACACACACACACACACAGCGCUCGCUGCAGAUGAUGAGGAGCUGCUGUCCCUGUAGAGGCGCUGUGAGCUGAGCACUGUUCAGUGUGGUGUACCCGAGCGCUCCUCCUCAUCUCCGUCUGCUCUGUUUCUGCUGUUUCUGUGUGUCCGGCUGCUGUUUAUAGUCAUGCAGUAUCGCCAGGUGUUUUAGAGGAUCCUCCUUUUAUUAUGGGCUGUGUCUGCCACUCGUUUAUUUGGGUUUUAGUUGAGACUCAUGGAGAACAGUGUGUGUGUGUGUGUGCGUGUGUGUGUGUGUGUGUGUGUGUGUGUGUGAAGAAUAUGUGACAAUCCUCAUCUAAAUGAAUCAGGGCAAUCGCUGGCUUACCAAUACACUGCAGGAGGAUUAGGCUGCGUUCUGACCUUUGACCUCCUGUGUUUCUGUCUUUCCUCAGUGAUGGACAUUAUUGUUUUAAGUAAACACACACUCUGAUGGAGAACACACACACACACACACACACACACAUCUGUUAUCUGAUAUACACCAUUUCCUGCACUGAGAGUGUUGUUUCUGUGUCUGUGUGUGUGUGUGUGUGUGUGUUGUGUUAGUGAAUGCUGUGUGUGUGUUGCUGUUUCCCUCAUGUGUUGUGUGUGUGUGUGUGUGUGUGUGUGUGUGUGUUCUUCAGUUGUGUUGUUCUGAUCUCUCUGGGCCGCUCGUUUCUUCUGUGUGUUGAAGAUGAAGAUGAAGAUGCAGAAGCACAGAAACAUCAUCAACAGGAGAUCAGCCUCUGAUCAGUCAAUCAAUAAUCAAUAAUGUGUCUUCACACUACUGCUGUGUCCUCUGCAGUCUGAAGCGUGUCCGUCUGUCCUCAUCUGGCUGCGCUUGUCAUCCUGACUUUUCUGAUGUGUAGUAUGAUGAAGAGUCCAGAAUAAACAGAGGCCUGGUGGUAUCUACA